AAAUGAGGUGGCGAAACGAGGAAGAAAUUAUGCCCCAUGUUGAAUUUCUGCACGGGUGACCCUUAGUAAAUUAACAAGUCGUGUUUUCCUUCUUUAAAAAAGGCCUGACAACGACACGAAGUUUCCGCAUCGUUUAGCUAGAAACAUGUCCUCUCCAGUUGAUGCAGACGAAGAUGAGGUGGACGAAGAAGUGGAGUUUGUAUCAGAGGGCCCUCUCAGACCAGUAUUGGAAUGCAUUGACCUAUUAAGUGAUAGUGAGGAUGAAGGAUGUUCAUCAUUGCCAGUUAAACUUGAAGAUAAAAUCAGCCGUCAUAAAGCGCGUGUUACAUCUACACUGGACAGACUGGCACACCAGGUGGCCGUAGAGAAAAAGGAAAGGGCAGAUAAAUGCAGAGCAUUCAAGGAGAAGCAGAUCUUACAAAAAGCUCAUGGACAACAGGAGCUGGCUGUUGGCUCUGCAAAUGGAAUUAAUCAGGAAGCAAAGCGCUGCGUAGACAUGUGGCUAAAGAUGCCAGGUCUUCAACCUGGAGUGAUCAGCGCUGGCUCUGGAAGAAGACACAGAGCUCCUUUCCACAGAAGUAACUCAACUAGGCAUACUUGUCCCGUGAUUAACUGUGGUCGAAUUUAUGAUAACGCUUCCCUCCUUGAUGGCCACUUGAAAAGGUUUGAUCACUCCCCUUGCGACCCGACCAUCAAUCUUAAAGGAAGUCCAUCAGAGUUUUUUGCCUGUGUUGCCUGCGGACAAAAUUUUCCGACCAAAGAAGCCUGGAGGAAUCAUCUUGAGUCUAAGGUGUCCUCAUCUAGUGCCGAUGGUCAUAGCAUCGAUCAGACAUAUCAGCGAAUUGUGUGUUUUGCGUGCCCUGCCUGCUACCACCUCUUCAGCCUGCGAGAUGAGUGCCUCCAGCACAUGUCAGCCAAAAACCACUUCACAGAGUCAUUCGCUUUGAAUGAGACUACAGGAAGAUCGCUGCCAGUCCCUGUCCCACAGCAUGUUAAGAAUCGUCUCAUCGCUUUGUGCAAGGAUGUAGCGUUCAGUGUCCGAUGCUCUUUGUGUCACAAAGUACUGAUCUCCCAUCAAGCAGCUCAAGCUCACUUUAAUGUGUACUGCAGACAGGGCUGUGCUGUGGCCAAAGCUGACAAAACGAUAGUGCAAGUUAUGAAACCGCUGCAAGUGCAAGGACAGUGUUCUGUCUGCUGUAAAAUCUUCCUCAGCCAAGCUGAAAUUGAGAGACACAAAGAGUCGAUGCAGCAUGAAGUUGAACUCAACCAAACAAUGGCAAAAGCGCUUCUUCAGCUUUGCAGGUUUACUGAAAUUCAGCACUCCCAGAGAACUAAACAAGCUGGACUUGCAACGCCUCAAAAAAGUAACAUGAAGAGCGGCGAUUGUGACAGAUUUCCAGCUAAACGGAAAAGACUGAGCACAAGUGUGAAUGUCAGCAGUAGCAGGAACUUGACCGCGUGGUACUGCGAGUGUGGUCUUCGAUUCUCAGAUGAGGCUGCAGCCAGUAAGCACCUCCUGGCUGUGAACCAAAUUUUCCAUCAGUGUGGUGUGUGUGGCAAACAUAUGGGAGAGUCUUCCAUUACCCGCCUGCAUAUGAGUCGCUUCCACGGAGGAGCUCAUCUCUCUAACUUCCACUUCUACUGCCGUAAGUGCAAAGUGGAAAUGCCUCGGUAUGCAAACAUCCUGUCUCACGUGUCGGAAGCUCACAGCGGACACACAUUUUUCAGUGAGCAAGAAGUGCCUGAAGAGCUUCCCACAGCCGUUGAUGCAAAGCCAUCUACUAGCAGCGACGUCAACUUUCACUCCUCUGUGUCCAAAGUCCAGCUGAGCACAGUGACCUCUUCAUCAAAAGUGGAGCGAUCUUGGCUGUGCAGGAUGUGCGAGGACAUCUUUGACUCAGAAGCAGCCGUCCACAAACACUGCAGUGACGUGAGUAGUCACAGCUUUCAGAGAUUUGUCUGUGGACACUGUCCUCAGAAGUUCUUCAAAGAGUCCACCGUACGGAGACACUGCAUGAACGAGCACGAUGGGCUGAUAAAGAGUUCCUAUUUCUGCGGCCUCUGCGACAGCAUGGAGUUUGAAUCCGAGGAGGAGUUCUUUGAGCACUACAAGAAUCUUCACAGUAAGGACUACUACUGUAUGGAUGACGCUGAAGUUGUUCAGCCAGCCACUGCUGCUGAAAGCAGUCAGCUUACAUGCCCGUGCAUGAGUUCAGAAAAAAGUAAAGAAGACACGAAAGCCACUUACACACAGUGCAUGAGGAAUCUGGCUGCGGAAAGGAAAUGUCAGUAUGUCUGUGUGCCUUGUAGUGUAUCUGUUCCAUCCUAUGCACAGAUCAAGACUCAUGUCCACACUAAACACACAGCCUUGAACCUGGACAGGAGCUUUGAUGUAGAAUGUGAGGCUUGCAAAGAGAGUUUUGUGGAUGUGCCGAGUUUCCAUAAACACUACCACUCGCAACACUGUACAGUGGAACCCUGUGUGAGUUCCAGGACCUGCAAGAGAGACUCGAAAGCAGAACCCAGCACUGCAAGAAUACUAAAUGCUGUGGAGAUCAAACCAGACAGCAAUGAGAUUGAAGAUGAAACACUGGCGCUUUUAAACAUCGAUCACGCCAACAAGGAGAGUGAUGUGCAUGAAGUUGAAUCGGAUGACGAAAUGAAGCGCGCGCUGUCUUUGAGUGCAGAAGAAGCACAAGAGUCAGCAGAGUUGGAAGAAGCUCUCAAAAGAAGUCUUCUGGAGUUCUGAGAAGCUGGUAGUGUUUUUGUAGCGUGCUGUUCAUUGAACAUUAUACUGGAAUGUUUUGUACAAGGUAAUGUGUUCAGAAUACAAUAAAUAAAUAAAUGUU